AUGAGCAUCAUCAACAAAUAUUAUUGGACACCUCAAAAAGGGAGGGAAUUAGCCAUUAAAUAUGAAAAAACGAUUCUAAUGAUAUCUCUGUUAUAUAUACCAUGUAUUUUAUUAUUACAGAAAAUAAUGAAAAAGAGAAAAGAAAAGGACAUGAAAUAUUUAAAGAUUUUAUGGAACUUAAGUUUAUCUUUCUUAUCUUUUGUAGGUGUAUUAUUAAUUACUAUAUACGAUAAGAAUAUAUUGAAAUACAUAAUUGUAGAAGAAUCUGAAUAUAGUCCAGAAACAAGAGCUGUAAUUACAAUAUUUACACUUACAAAAGUUGUAGAAUAUGGAGAUACCUUAUUUUUAAUAUUGAAAAAGAAGAAAUUAACUUUUUUACAUAGUUAUCAUCAUUUAAGUGUAGUUAUAUAUUGUUUAUAUUCCCAGAAGAUUUUAGUUUCUCAUGCACAUUAUUUUGUAUUAUUAAAUUUAAUAGUACAUAGUAUUAUGUAUUUUUAUUUUGGGUUUAUAUAUAUAUUUCCUCGUAUUUUAACAAAGAUAAGAAAGUUUAUAACAUGUCUACAGAUAUUCCAAAUGUUUGCCGGAAUAUAUAUAUCUUACUAUGCUAUUAAAAAUGUAGACAAUCCAUUGUAUGUAAGUAAUGCAAUGGCUAGUUUUAUUUUAUAUUUAACAUAUGCAAUUCUCUUUUUAAAUUUCUAUUUCUCAAACUAUUAUAGAAAUAUUAAAAGUAGUGUAGCUACGUAUUUAAUAAGUAUACAUAUUUUAGCUAUUAUAGGAUUUAUUAUGAUAUGUAAAAGUAAGGACAUCUUACGAUUAUUUAUUGAAGUGUCUAUAGGUUGCUUCUUUACAUUAACACUUUUAAAUUUAUCCUUUUAUAUUAAUACACAUUAUUAUCAAAACGUAAGAAAUAAAAUAACAGAAAAUAACCUCAUGGAACAAAAAGAAUUAUUCACAGGAUAUAAAACCAAAUAUUUUUCUAAUGUGACUCUCUUAAAAAUCAUAACAAUCAAAUUGAUUAAAACAAUAUUAUUGUGUUUUAAUGGUAUAGCUACCUAUGCUCAUGAUCAUAUUUUUUUCUUUGUUAAUUUUUAUUCACAAAAAAUUAAGCAAAUAAGAAAUGAUACUGUACAUGAUGUUUGUUGCAAAAAGGAUGUUACUAAAAUGUUUACUGAUCAUAAAAUAUGUACUGAUCAUAAAAUAUAUAGUGACAAUAAAAUAUAUAGUGACGAUAAAAUAUGUAGUGAUGAUAAAAUACGUAGUGAUGAUAAAAUACGUAGUGAUGAUAAAAUACGUAGUGAUGAUAAAAUAUGUAAUGAUGAAUCUCUUAAUAAUGAUAUCUUACAAAAACAUAUAAACUGUGUACCAGAACAAAGGAUCUACAAUCAUAACAAUAAUAAUCAUGAUAAUAAUAAUAUUAAUUAUUAUACAGUUCAUAAUACAUGUAGAAAAAAUAAGAAUAACAAAAUAAGCUAUAUACGUACGUUUAUAAAAAGUAUAUAUAAUUCAUCUAUCAUUUUUUACAUUAUUUCAAAACAACCUAUUGAAUAUAUGUUGUAUCCACAUUUAGAAAAUAGCAAAAGAGAAAACAACAAAAAAUAUAUACAAAAUUCAAAUAUAGAAUCCACAAAACUAACUUCAUCGUCAUACAUAAGCUUAAAACAGACGCAUCAAAAUAUAACCCUUUUUUCUAUUAUUAAAUAUAUAUUUAAAAAUUAUUUAUUUUAUAUUGUUUCUUUGAUAUUACCAAUAUAUUAUGGAUUAAAGGUAUAUAACGAUGCAUUAUUAGGUUUGUGUGUACAUGGAGCUUUACGCUGGAUAAUCGAAAUACAUUCUACAAAAAUUUUUAACAAAACAGGAAAAAUACACACACGAUAA